UUUUGCGAUGACUUUUUAUGAAGAGAAAACUCAAUACACAACCGACAAAUGCAGUGAAAACUUAACAAAAAAACCAUGUGAAAUUACUGUUUUCCUAUCGUAAUAAUGAAAACAGUUAUAAUAUAAAUCUGCUUAGACACCAACGAGAUGUUUACCAAAAAAUCACAUCAGGAUGUUAAGAAAUCAACAGUUAAAAUUCAGGAUUCUAAAAAGGACUCUACAACCAGGCUUAAACAUUUAAAGAUUGUUUUAGAACAUUUUGAUGCUGAUGAAGCGAAAAAUUACUUUGAAAACAACUUUAGCCAUGUUUAUUUUAUUUUGUAUGACAAUUUCAUAUUAGCGGAAAACAACCUUCGACAAAGAGAACUUCCGUUUCACCUAGUUCACAAAGCUGGUAGAGAAGAAUUGGAAGGGGCUCUAUCUCUUCUAGAGAAAGUAUUAUGUCUUCUACCAGAGCUGAUCGGCAAAAGAUGGCAGUUGCAUUCUUUGACGCGAAUAUUCUCGAAACUUCUACACAGUGGCAAUUCACAAAAACUACGAGCAGAUUCCAUAAAAUUUUUCCUCUUAUGGUAUCAAGCUCUUGGCGACAAUGCUCCUCCGGAAGUCAACAAGAUGUUUGCGUCACUCGUACCGGGAUUACCUGACACAUGUUUACCCACAAUAGGUUCCCCUUUCAAACCAAAGCCAUUUGACGUAGUAACCAACAUAACGAGUGAGUCGGGCGAUAUUAAGAUGGAAGACAUCUUGCAACAUCCAAACUUUACUACAGAUAAUGCAAAGAAAGUUGUAGUUGAACAAACCCCUACAGGGAUAAUGGGAAAAUUAGCUAAUGUGUCAGCGUCUAUAUUCCAUGAUACAAAUGCUUUGAACCCAGUCCAAAGUGUUGAUAUACAGCCCUUAUUGCCAGCCAGUGCCAAUGAGAGACCAGUGGAGAAUGAGACGAAGUAUUUUUUUGAAAUACUACUAGAUGGCAUGGCAACUACGGUGACGAAAAUUCAUUGGAAAGACAGGUCGCAUGCGAAAGCGAUGAGGAGCUUCGCGUUUCUGUUAGAAAAGUUUAAAAUGUACUACUUACCGAUAAUAUGUCCGCAGUUCAAUCACAAAAACUCGUUGUACAAGCCCAACCUUGAAUUGCCGGUGCAGCACACCAUAUUAGAAGACGAUUACGUGCUGUGCCGUGUGACUUUAAUAAAAUGGGUGACAAAUUACGUACACUUCAUGAAAAAGCCAGGCAGUGAUGGUGGACAGCCAUCGUCCAUGACCAGUACUGGAUCGCAGUUCCCACAUUCGGGCACGCCCACGCCUGCGCAAUCUUUGCAUCAUGAAGAGGAAACUUCGUUUACAGUGGGAGGACAUCCGUCGGAUUCGAGCAGAGCUUCCUCACAUGAUUCGGCAUCUAUAACGCCCCAUCCAAGCUUGGAAUCAGCAGGUUCAGGUUUGUAUGAGGAACUAAGCUCAGAGCAAGUGGUCCGCGAUGUGCUCUGUUGCUGGUCCCGAGAGCACGUGGACUUCACGGUUGAAGUUCUGCGUCAAGCGUUCCUAUUGCCUUUCUCGCACGCGGCGGCUAUACGCCGGGUCAUCGCACUUUAUAAGGACUGGAUCCAGAUGAAUGUGGCGGAAAUCCCGCCGUUUCUGAUGGAGAGUAUAUACGAGCAUCAACUGGCGCAAAGCGGGGAGCCGCUGGCGCCGCCGCGGCGACUGCGCAAUGACUCGUAUUUGGGCGCCAUUGGUCGGGACAAUGUUAUGGUGCGAGCGGGGAUGCAGAACGUGCUUCAGAUAUUUAUGACGCAAGCAGCUAACGUGUUCGUAGCGAGCGCGUCGCCGGUGGCUCCGCCCGGGGGCUUGGGGUCUCCGCAACUGCUGGACGAACAGACCGACACCUGCAAGCGCGUGCUCAACAUCUACCGAUACAUGGUCAUGCACGUCGCGAUGGACGCUGCCUCUUGGGAACAAUUACUACUGGUACUGCUGCAGAUAACAUCUUUGGUCCUGACGAAAGUACCGCCCAAAAGAAAACAAGAUACCCUAGGUGGUUUUUUAGCUCCAGCGUUAUUUCAAACUCUGAUAGUGACGUGGAUAAAGGCAAAUCUGAACGUGGCAGUCAAACCAGAGCUGUGGCAAAACUUUAUGGAACUGUUGACGCGACUUACACAUUGGGAAGAUUUAAUCAAGGAAUGGGCGAAAACAAUGGAAACUUUAACAAGAGUGUUGGCAAGGCACGUUUACUCGCUAGAACUAUCGGAGACCAAUACAGCGCCCGAAGGCCGCGGCAGAGGACGGAGACCCGUGCCCGCGCCCAUACAUCCUCGACCCAUGCCCUUACGACGGCCUACCCUUGCCACUAGUGAUUCUCGGACACCAGGCAAAUCUCCACGGACGAGCCACGAAUCUCACCCGCGCAAGGAAGCGGCGCUGCGGCGGCCCCUAGCGAGGUGUCGCAGCGACCCGCACCUGCCCCGACACGCGCAAGUUCACGCGCAACAUUCUGCAGAUGAAAUCAAAGAACCAGUAAGCAGUAAACCGAGGCGGUGGUAUUCCCUGGACUCAUUGAGACAAUCGUCGCAAAACGAAGAAAGGGAUUCCGCUAGUGGUUCUCGUUCUCCAUCGCCGGCUCCAUCCAGCGGUGUGGAAAGUAGCUCUAUAAAAGAUUCUCCAUUACAAAUAGAUUUGGCUUCAGAUGGAGGAAACGUUGAAUGGUCUGAGAGCGACGCGGGCAACGGCGUGGGGGGUAUAGCCGGUCUGGGCGGGGGAGCGGGCGCGGGCGUGGGCGUGGUACUGGGCGGCGCGGCGCGCGGCUGGCUGCCCGAUGUGGCGUGCGUGCUGUGGCGCCGCAUGCUGGCCGCGCUGGGCGACCCUAACGCGCUGCGCGACCCGCAUGCGCACCACCACCUCUUCAACUACCUGGUGCACCUCAACGCGACCUUGCUCAAGAUAAGUGCGAACCAAACACUCAAUGGCAACACGGAAAUACAUGUGCCCUUCAACCUUGUGGCCGGCUGGUGCCUCGAGGCCGAGGCGUUGCCGUCCUCACACAGAGCGGGAAAGUUGGUGGCGCUGCGAUUGCUCUGCGAGGCGACGGCGGCGCAGGCGCAGGGGCCGGGCGCACCCUCCGUGUGCAGCGGCCGACCGCACCUCGCGCACUUGCAGCUCUACCAGCGAGCGCUGCACCACGGUUUGACCGGCGAAGAUAGAUCUGUAGUGGACGUGCUAGUGGAGCACGCCGCGCCGCGAUACCUGUCUCUAGCUCUUGAGGGCUAUUCGCUGCUCUUACUAGAUUUUGUACACGCUUCCACCGUCGUGCUCAAUUCCUCCGAUUGUGGACCCUCGUGCCCACGCACAGCCGCUGUGACGUUUCUAGGAUCUCUGCUCGCGCUGCCCGAUGGCCUGAUGAACGCUCCGAUGUUGCAGCCCUAUCCUCACCAGUAUAACACGGUGUCAUGUCCUGAUUUGAAGGAGCACGUACUAAAUAUCGUAGUACGGGUGUGCAGACGCGAGGGCGCGGCGGCGGCGCGCUGCGCGGGCGCGUGUGCGCUGGCGGCACACUGCUGCCAUCUGCUGGCCACGCGAACCGCCUGUCCGCGCCUGCCGUCCUACGUCACCUGUCUGCUGCAGAUGCUGAUGAUGAAAAAUAAAAUGAUAGCCAAAGUUGUGAGCGAUGCUGUGCUAGUACUGGCUGAUUAUACGGAUCGCAUCGUGGAGUUGUAUCCAGGCCUUGCUGAAAAAAUUAUAAAAUGGAUCUGCGCUUGCCUCGCUCAAAUAUCGAGCAGUAGCGGACGCGACUCAGUGAAACCCCUGGCUGGCUCGCUGUUGCUGUGCCUUGCAGAAUUCGCCGUCCGGUGCGGGCCUGCCCGACUCAUGGAAGAAAAAGAUGGCGAGCAGACCUUGCUGCUCGUUAUAUUUAGGGUUCUAUAUGCAGUGAUGAAGGGAACGAAUGGAUCUGAUAUAGAGGGUCUCGUGCUGCCCGUCGACGAGGAUUUCGACCCCAACAUUCAGCUGGACAAUUUGACGCCCAAAACUACACCGGCAUCUACCAUUGAUGUCAAACUAUGGGCUCAAACGAUAUGUUCGCAAUUGGUCCUAUAUUUAGGCCACUGGCCACUAUGGAGUGGUUGCCAAACUUCGUCGAGCGUCUGCGAGCAACACGACACAGCACUCGGCUCAGAGCUUGGGUCGGCUGUGUUAAGUGCAUCGCACGUACAACUGAUGAGGUUCAGUGACACGACGUUAGCCAGUCUCGUGGAGCUCCCGGCUAUUCAUCCGCCCUGUGGAGGUACUACGCCAGGACUUAUGACAUCGGACCGUCAAGUGCGAGUGUUACUCCGCGAUAUAUGCGGCAAGGCAUGUUGGGACGCGUCCGCGCUUUACUACGAUCCUUCGGUUGCGUCUUCGGAACCAUUAGAACUACUACCGCUACCGAAAAAUGUUGCCAGUCCCAGAGACAAUACGUUAUCAUCGCUUCCGCCGCCACUGCCUGCUGAUUUGUUACCGGACUACAAAAACUCACCACCAGACAAACAUCAGUUGGACCAUGUCUUGGCCUACAUAGGCCACACGUCGCCCGAAGUAACUUGUGGACGGCGUCUCGAUGAAGUAGGUGCUUCUCCUCUCGCUCCAGGUCUUGAAGACGAGCUGGUUUGUGCCUUGGUGGCGCACCGCAACUCUGAGCGAUAUUACGUUGCUAACCGCGACAGUGAUGACGAGUCAGAAGCUUGGGAGAGCUGUUCUGUUGGCGAGGCGGGGCCGUUUGAACAGAGUCGCCUGCUGGUGUCGCAACUUGGCACGUUAGGCGCUGCCAGACGACCGCACGCCCAACUGUUACGGCGAUCUGACAGACUGUUGAGGGAACUAAGGAACCUGGACGCUCAGAGGUGUAGGGAAACGCAUAAAGUGGCGGUGAUCUACGUGGGCAAGGGGCAGGAGACGCGCAACGAGAUCCUGUCCAACCGCUGCGGAAGCCCCGCCUACGAGGCCUUCCUGGCUGCUCUUGCUUGGGAGGUGGAGUUGGAAAGCCACGUGGGCUUCACUGGGGGCUUGCGAGGGGGAGGCGGGGGCGGGGUGAGCGCGCCCUACAUCGCUACGCUAACUUUGGAGGCUUUGUUCCAUGUCGCUACUCGAAUGCCUGCCGACACUCCGGACGCUAUACUUAACAAGACCCGGCAUCUCGGCAAUGAUGAAGUACACGUAGUGUGGAGCGAGCACUGGCGGCCGUACAAACGAGACACGCUGCCCACGCAGUUCUGUGACGUUCUCAUUGUGUUGUAUCCCUUACCCGGAGGCCUGCUGCGGUGCACCGUCUCCAGGAAACCCGACGUGUCGGUAUUCGGUCCGUUGUGGGAAGAAUGCGUGAUACGCGUGAGCUGCUGCGCGGCGCUGGUCCGCGGCGCGGCGUUCGCGGGCGGGCGCGCGGUGCGCGCGACCAUGCCGCUGUACCAGCACGCGUGCAGCGAGCGCGCGCGCGACCUGGACGCGCUGGUGCACAACCACACGCAGGCCGCCACCUUCGAGACCUUCGUGACGCGCGUGCGCGAGCCCGUGCCGCAGCCGCACCUCACGCACGAACAAGCUACGGAUCAAAACAGCGCUCGUCUCGCAAACGCUCUAAUAGACCACGGCGCGAGCUCGUGGGGCGGCGUGGGCGAGCCGCACUCCGUGUCUCCGCGCCCCACCAAGCGCCUCGGCCCUUUCAAGCGCCCCCCGCAGCCCGCCGCCUCUCAGCCCACCGCCCGCCACAACCGGUGAGCGGGGGUACCACCAGCAUAAUAUCCCAGCAUUGUUCUAUGGGAGCCUGCUAGCCGCGUCGCAACAUACCGCUCGGUGGUAUCCCCACCAUAACACUUUCGUUAUACUUCGACAUCUUCUACCAUAUAGCCCUAUAAGCCUUUGUCAAACACACGGUGAAAUACAAACUGAACACGUAGCGCAAGCAAACCGAGGCGGAGAUGUCAAACUAAGCGCGAGCACACAGCGGACCGAGUACGUGGCGAAAGGGAAACGAGACUGAGGCGUCGCGCAAUCCUGAGUCGCCACAGCUCGAAUGAGUAUCCACGCCAAAGCGCUGCUAUUAAUUUUAAAAAUAAAUGUGGAGUGAAACGGAUUUUGAUGAAAAUUUUUCGGUGUCCAUCUCGUCCGCGAGUCAAAUAAUUUGUAAACAAACAACUGGCACGCUUUGCCUUUGCAUCGCGACUCGUUCUGUCGUUCAUACAAAGUCAGCUAUUACAGUUAUCUCGCUCACGCCUCGCUUCGCCUUCUCGCCUGUGGUUUGUCUUGGUGUGUGGUUCGCUGCGGAAACAGUUCGUUCCGCUUCGCUUUCGCAUUUCUACGUGACCAGAUUCGAGCGACACCGGACAUUACAAAAUAAUGCAUCGCCACGCGUUUGGUUCGCCGUGUGUUUGACAAAGGCUAUAGGUAUAAAGUUCGCUCAAUUCGAACUAACACAGCGUAUUCAGCAACUAUGAUAGUUGGUAGUCCAAGGCGCGACCUCGUAGGCGGACCUUAUAGUUCUUGAAAUCUUACGCUUACUAUAAAUACUUUUUAUUCUCUCCAUUGUAAAAAUAAGCUUUAUCGUAGCGGGUCUUUUGGAUAUUUAAAUGUCGGCAUUAUUAGAACGAUAUUUAAAUUUCAGUUUGCAGUUGUCUGUAGUCUGCGUUAGCCCUAAGGCAUCCACCACGCAAUCUCCACGGGCGAGGGAAUCGCAGUGAGUCCUACUACUAUCUUCAGCUAUAGUAUCGCCCUGUUGAGAUUGUUCUAUAAGAGUUGUAUUAUAUAAUUUGGUGGCACAGCCGUGAUUCUCACGUCCGUGGAGAUGGGCUUAGGCUGAGGUCUAUAAAACGUACUUUGACUUGGCCUGACGUUUGCGUUAUAACAUCUGAAAGGCCUGAACUUAAGACAAACGAGACAGAUUUACGUCCAUCACAUAAAUAUGUCUUGUUUUAACUCUAAGCAAAACCUGUGUAAAGUCAUAGCUCUAUAGAUUUAGUAUGAGAGUCAUGAUAAGCUGCAACUGCAUAGUGAACUACAAUCUUCCCUUCAUUGUCAUAAACAUGUCCGCUUGAGUGGUUAAGAAUGAUAGCGCUUUUGGACUUAUGAACAAUAGUUCGAGCGGUCCCUAUACAGCUGCUCUGGCAAAAGGACUUGAAUAUCUAUAUCAACACAUUACAGGUAACUUGAUCAUUAUUAUCCAUUUCAUUAAUACCCAUUUCAUGAUUUGUUUAGUUCAUAGCAAAUUGCAGACAUGGGGGAUUUGAUUAUUAUUAUUAAUAUUAGAUUAUUUUAUUAUUAUUAGGCAUAAUUUAUAGUCAGUGUAACUAAUGUCGUCCACGGUGAGAUUGUUUACACUAAAGUAAAAUAUGAUAUGGACUUAAUGAAAUUUU